AUGUCGAUCCCGUUCCCGUCCAUCUCGCUGCCCCAAGCCCUGGUCAAGCCGUUCCAGGGACCUGCCACCUCGAUUGCGCGCGCCUCGCUCCUCGGACUCUUCUCGCGCCUGACCAUUGGUCAGCUCGAAAUCCAGUUCCUCGACGGCCAGACGCACAAGUUUGGCGAUCCCACCCUCGUAAAGUCCAAAGAGAGGAACCACUCGGCCGCCUCCCAAUCAACUUCUGCGCAGCUUCCCUCCAAGAACGCAGCGCAAGCCAGCUUCGCUGCCGCCAAGGCUGACGCUCCCCAUGCCGUCCUUAUCGUCAAGUCCGACACCUUCUGGAUCCGCAUGUUCCUGGGCGCCGAUCUGGGCUUCGCGGAGAGCUUCAUGACUGGCGAGGUUGACACCCCUGACCUUGGCGCCUGCUUCGAGCUCUUCAUUCGAAACCGAGCGUCCCUGUCGAACCUCGAAGGCUACAGCAUCGCUUCGUCGCUCGUCUCGUCCGCCCAGGCCAUGCUAAACCGCCGCUUCGCCAACACCAAGGUUGGCAGCCUGCGCAACAUUGGCGCCCACUACGACAUCUCCAACGAGAUGUACAAGGCGUUCCUCUCCAAGGACAUGACCUACUCGUGCGCCAUCUUUGACACGCUCGACGCCGACGUCACUGGCCCGCUGCUGACGCGCCUCAACCACGCAUCGACCCAAGGCAUGAUGACCAACGGCCACACCGAUUCGGCCGCCUCGGGCGCCUACGAGCCCAUCCGCUUCACCGACGACCUGCCGACGCCACCAGAAGAGUCCGAGACCAAGCUCGAGGCCGAGGAUGAGCUCGAAGUGGCCCAGCUGCGCAAGCUGCGCAUGAUCAUCAAGCGGGCCAACAUUCGCAAGGACGACCGCGUGCUCGAGAUUGGCACGGGCUGGGGCUCUUUUGCCAUGGAGGCGGUGCGUUCGACGGGCUGCAAGGUGGACAGCGUCACGCUCUCGGUAGAGCAAAAGGCGCUCGCCGAGGCGCGCAUCGCCGAGGCCGGGCUGACGGGCAGCAUCACUGUGCACCUGAUGGACUAUCGCGACUUCCCCCCCGAGUGGACCAACCGGUUCGACCGCGUCUGCUCCAUCGAGAUGCUCGAGGCGGUCGGCAUCGAGUUCCUCGAGACCUACUUUUCGUGCGUCGACCGCGUCCUCAAGCGCGACGGCGGCGUGGCCGUCUUCCAGUGCAUCACGAUGCCCGAGGGCCGCUUCGAGUCGUACGUGCGCUCGGUCGACUUUAUCAAGAAGUGGAUCUUCCCGGGCGGCAUCCUCCCGUCGGUCACGUCACUCGUCGACGGCGCCACGGCGGGUUCCAAGAACCAGCUGGUGCUCGACACGGUGGUCAACAUCGGCCCGCACUACUCGCGCACGCUGCGCGAGUGGAGGAGACGCUUCGAGGCCCACUUUGACAACGUCAUCCGACCGGCCCUGCUGCGCGACCACGAGGAGAUCCGCAACCUGCCCGAAGUGGCAAAGGACAAGGAGAUUGAGGUGUUUAGGCGCAAGUGGAUCUACUACUUUGUCUACUGCGAGGUCGGCUUCACGAAUCGCGUCAUCGGAGACCACAUCCUCGCCUUCACCCGCGAGGGCAACGUCACCCUCCCCGUCUGCUGCGGCUGA